AUGGAAUAAUUUAAUGGAAAACCUUAAGUAUAAUAUAAAUCUAAUAAUAAAGGAAAAUAUUCUAAUCACAUAACCAUUAACUAAAUAGAAGUACUCAGCUUUAUUUCAUGAUGAGAGAUUUGGAAAGGAUUUUGAAACAAAUUACUCAAAACUUUAGGAAAUUAUGGAUGUAAAUUUAUUUAAAGACAAUUUUAGAACUUGUAAGGGAAAGUUGAAUAAAUUGUAAAAAGUUAAGAAGAUGAUUUUAUGAAAGCAUAUAAAGAUCAAAUGAAUGAAUUGCAAAUUGAUUUGAAGGCAAUGAAAAGAAAAAUUGAUGAAGAGUCAUUAAAAUAAAAAGCUGAUGAGAAAAAACGAAUUUUAGAAGAAGAAAGAGAUUAUAUAGACAAGAAGCUCUAAGACUGGAUAAUUUGA